AUGGCUGUCAGAGCGCAGUUCGAGAACAGCAGCGAGGUGGGCGUGUUCUCGAAGCUCACUAACGCGUACUGCCUCACGGCGGUGGGCGCGUCGGAGAAUUUUUUCAGCGUCUUCGAGGCGGAGUUGCCCGACAUCCCCGUCGUUAAAGCCUCCAUCGCCGGCACGCGCAUUAUCGGCCGCAUGUGCGCGGGCAACAAGAACGGGCUACUGCUACCCAACUCGACGACAGAUCAAGAGCUGCUGCACAUGCGCAACUCCCUGCCCGAGUCGGUGGUGGUGCAGCGAGUGGACGAGCGGCUAGCUGCUGCACAUGCGCAACUCCCUGCCCGAGUCGAGCUGCUGCACAUGCGCAACUCCCUGCCCGAGUCGGUGGUGGUGCAGCGAGUGGACGAGCGACUGUCAGCGCUGGGCAACUGUGUGAGCUGCAACGACUAUGUGGCGCUCAUCCACACGGACCUUGAUAGAGAGACGGAGGAGCUCAUAGCGGACGUGUUGGGGGUGGAGGUGUUCCGUCAGACCAUCGCCGGCAACAUCCUCGUUGGCAGCUACUGCGUCUUCACCAACCGGGGUGGUCUGGUGCACCCGCAAACAUCAGUUGAAGACCUUGACGAGCUGUCAUCGCUGCUCCAAGUGCCGCUGGUGGCCGGCACAGUGAACCGCGGCAGUGAGGUGGUGGGGGCGGGGCUCGUGGCAAACGACUGGGUGGCAUUUGCAGGGUUUGACACGACAGCCACAGAGCUGUCAGUGAUUGACAGCGUGUUCAAGCUGCGAGAGAGCGUGGCUCCCAGCGUGGUGCAUGAAAUGCGCGCCUCUCUCAUUGACACUCUUGUAUGA